UCUACGCUCAUUGCUAUUCACAGGGAGCGUCGGUUGUUCUUCUCCGCGGAGCGAGGCGAGCCGGCGGAUGACAGACCACUGACUGACAGUGUCGGCGGAUGACAGCUCCUCACGUGCAAGUAUCCGCAUCCUGGUCCGUCCAGCAGAGAGUCCGGGGCUGGUUGGAUCAUUAUAUUUCCUCGUGGGCAGCGGUACAGUACCUGUGACGGCACAGAGAUGACGUUAUGAUGGCGUCCCGGUAACAGGAGCAUCCCGCCAGCUCCCUGACAGAGACCGUCAGCUGACGUCACACAUUUCGCCUUCUGCAGAUUCGACUCCACUUGUAUUCUGACCCGGAUCUGAAAUGCUGAAGGCGCUGGUGAGACACGUCCGUCGGUACCCCUGGGCCUCUAACGUCACGGUGUACGGGUGCCUGUUCGCGGGGGGGGACCUGGUGCACCAGCUGCUCUCGCGCAGGGACAACAUGGACUGGACCCACACGCGCAACGUCGCCGUGGUCGGGUUCGGUUUCCAUGGCAACUUCAGCUUCUUCUGGAUGCGCUUCCUGGAGCGGAGGUUCCCCGGGAACUCUGCCCGGAUGGUGGUGAGGAAGCUGCUGCUGGACCAGUCCAUAGCCGGGCCCCUGGCCACCUCUGUCUUCUACACAGGUGUCAGCUUCUUGGAAGGAAAGGAGGAUGUCUUUGAAGACUGGAGAAAAAAAUUCUUGAAUACGUAUAGGACGGGGCUGAUGUACUGGCCGUUCAUGCAGUUUCUGAACUUUGCCUUCGUGCCUCUAUUCGUACGGACCACGUUCACCGGCUGCUGCGCCUUCGUCUGGGCCAUAUUCCUGUGUUUCUCACAGCAGAGCGGCGAUGGCACGGCCGGUGCUGCUCUGAAAUGGAUGUUCUCCAAUAAACAGGAUGAAUCAGAAGCCACAAAGGAGAAAGUGGAAACUGAAGUCAAGGUACCGGCGCUCAAAGAGGGAACAGCAGCGUCUAAAUCUACUCAGAACUGAAACACGCUGAGCAGGAAAACACUGGUAGGAACAGGAUACGACUGGUCCAGUGGACAGCUGUCCUGUCUGUGGUUGAUGUUGCACUGACACUGGCAGAGUUUGACUCUAAAGUCUCAAAGUAAAGUGUGACAUAUGCUGUAAGGUGGUUUGGGACUGUAUGUAUGAAUCUACAGCAUAUUUUUCAAUACUUCAACAAGAUAUAUCAGUUCCAUGGGAAAAGACAUUCAAUCCCAUUCUUCUUGUCAUGCUAUAUUUCUCGGGUUUUAAUUUCAAACACACAUGAGGUCUUCUAAUGUCUGGGACAGAUGGUGUAUUGAUGGAUGUUCCAGAUUCCUCAGAUUUUCACCUAAAUGAAAAACUGGAACGAGUGGGCGGAGAUCAUUUUUAACACUAUGUGAAGUGGCAGCUUACACAUUAGCUCAGAUCUUAAAGUUCAAUACUUGAAGAACUAUCAUUCUAAACAUUCAAAUAGGGCUCUUUCCUUAUGAGCAAAAGUGCUUUGACUGUUAUUUGCAUCUGUAACAGAGUGCCUGUCUGUAUUCAUUCCAGCUUACACUAGGGGCACACUGCACAAGUACAAGUUUUUACAUUGAUAUUUAUAUAAUUUGUAUUAUACAUAAGGACCAUCAUGCACUGAGCAAACAGGAGGGAUGUGGAAGAAAACAGCUUAAACAUAUCAUAAAACACAUGUUUGUUUUCCACAUUUUAACUUUUUUUCUCUACAUCUAAACAAGUGCAAAUGAAAUACUACUGAAUACCUCGAGUUUGUCUGAUAAUUAUUUAACAACUAUUAACAGCAUGAAUGUUGACUUGCUACCUGCUUGAUGUCGUACUUGUACUUCACAUGUGACACUGUGGAGUGUUGCUUUGCCCGGUUUUCAGAUUGUUUUAACACAGUUUGCUAUUAUAACCUUUUUCUCCACGUUUGACCUCUGUGAAAAUGUUACAUUAUAGGUUUCACUUGUCAGCAGUGACUCUUGAAAUGUAACAUCAGCUCCUUCUACAGUUUUCUACAGAGGUCAUUUUAUAAAUAGAGAGCAGCUCAGUAUGAGACCUGACUGUUAUUCCUAUACAUAGAGUGUAAAGGGUUAUGGGAAAGUACUCCCUUCUCUUCUCAGGUAGAUAAACAAAACAUUCACACUUUUGCAUGUUUCAUUGUGUUCCCACGUAAUAAUGAAAGUCUUGAUGUAUCUAUUUUUGUUUUUCCCAGCUAAAUUGAUACGGUGGUAAUGAUACUAAAGCAUUUGAAUUGGUGCACAGAAAAAAAACACUA